CAACAACAAUGUCAUGUCUUCCGCCGUGGUUUGGACGAUAGGGUGAAUAUAAAUACCUCAUUUUAGAAUCCAUUUAGAGUUGAUACGGACGUCAUGGGUGCCGCGGCAUCUACCAAUGGAUCAACCGUCUCAACAGGACUGGUUAUAGGACAGCGUUUGUGUAUUGGGGGUAAAAAGGAUGAUAAAGCGGCAAUACAAAGUGCAAAAGCUUGGAAAAUGGCGUGGAUGGAAUACGUUCAAGCUACAGAAGACAGUGCUGCCUCGACCGUUUUAUGGGUGCAGUAUGAAUCACCAUCCCAGAGUAGCGCCCUUCGAAAGUCUUUUACCAAUAUUGCCCAUCUCACGUCUGAAGUACCAAUUUUUUCACGGACACUUGUUGCAUCUCUCGACGCCCAUAUCGCAUUCCUCAUCACCCUGUCCCGAUCUGAUGCAUAUGUACGCGAGCAAAUGAAGUGUGAGCAAGGUAUACGUCUUCUACAUGCAGUGAUUAUAUCGGCGCGCGGAAUGUGGCAGAGGCUUUGCAAUGUUUUUCGAGAAGCGAUGGGUAACUGCCAGGUCGAGGUGGAGCGCAUGGAUGGGAUGCUUGGAGAGAUAGACGAAGGUGCGGUAAAAGGAAAGAUUGUGUCCUUGAAAAAAGGGUUGAAGAGUGUGCAGAAAGCGGCCAAUGGAUGGGAGAAGAUGUGCAGGGAGCAAGAAAAUCAUUGUCGACUGCUUCGGGAGUGGUGGAGAAAAGAUUGGAUGGCCCAUCUCAAAUAUGACGAAACACCGCCUACUCCUCGUUACUUGCAACUUUUAGACAUGUUGCAUUCGCAGCUGGUCCUGCCCGCAACCACAUUGUCUUUACGGACCUUUUCCACCAGCUUUGGCACAGUGUUACAAACGUUACGCCAACUGCUUGAUCGGGAAGAAGGAAGCUUGCUCUAUGUAAGGAAGGUAAAGGUGGCCGAAAAGAAGGCAGUAAGCGCAGAAAGGACGGCUAAAGCUCAAAGCCAACGCCAAGCCAAGAUUGCUCCGGAACCCUCUCUGGUGGAAACAGACGCGCAGGUUCUUCUGAAUGUACCUGUACAGAAACAACGGAAGCUGUUGCGCAAAGUUCAUCUAUUGAACGUUGCGCGGCAUCGUCUACAUGUAAAUGCAAAGGAUAACGCGGAAUUCGCUCGCGAGCGCUUCUGGAAAGUGGAAGCUGAAUUUUGGGCGUGUGCGUACACAGUUGCAAGUGCGUUGGAAAGCGUUUACUAUGCUACUAUGAAGAAAGAGGGGCUGGACCUCCCGGUAUCGCAACGUCACGAGCAUCUGGCGGACCCUAUCCCACCUGCAGGGCCUCCUCUUGCUUUGGCGGAUCGGCCGAGGCCCGUGGGAACAAAGAGAGCGAGUCGCUGGAAACUGCCUGCGACAGAUAAUCAGGAAACUGCAGACGUGGACUCGGUAGUCAUAUUGAGUCCCAUUGAGAGUCGUACGAGUGGAUCAUCAACAUCGGCCGCAGGAAUCAAGUGUGAGAGCAAGACUCUUGCUGCGGAAAUUCGUUCAGAAGCCCGACGCGCGUCCGAACAAGCAGUGGACUCGUCUGCACCCGCGAAAGCGUUUGCACCGCAGAGUGAUAUCCUGAGCGGACACCAGAAGUUAUAUCCAUGUGUACAGGAGGAUCCACUUUUAGCAUCCACUUUUCAACCUUUACCGUCACAGAGCACCAAUCUGCUGCCAGAGCUAAAGGUCGCCGCCCCUUCGCCUACUGCUCCACCAGCCGCUCAUUUUGACCCAAAAUCGAACCUGCACUCUAGGAGCAGUGUAAAGGCGACUAGAGGACCUCCACCACCACCUCCUUUUGCACCUGGUCAUGUACCUGAUGCAGCUGAGAUGGUCACCAUGAGCGCCUUUGCAGAGGCGUGCAUGUCACCUCUGGCUGUAACGGCUGCACCUCAUCCACCACCUAUCCCACCGCGACCGGCGCAUCAGAGGAGAAGGCUACUGAGGCAUGUGGAUGACAAGUUGCUUUGGAAACCAGAUGAGCAUGCUUUGGAGCAACGACCUUGUCCACCUCCUGUACCCCAAAAAAAGAAACCUAAACGUAAGAACCUGGAUGGACUGGACAUUCGGCGCACCGGCAUUUCCGCCGGCUGCCAUAACGAGAUUUGUAUAUAA